AGCCAGCGAAGGGCACAGUUUGACGCCUCGUCUCAACACCUGUAUAUGGAAUACCCUCCCUUCGCAUAGCCUCAGCUACGGCAGCAGUCCACCCUUACCCAAAAUUCUCUCGGUGGCUCGUAGCAGACUAUAUACUCGAUCCGUUCCUUCGUCGCAGACCUCCUCCUACCUGCCAGUCCUAUGUCGGUGUAACAUGUACGGAUAAGAUGUCGGCUACGCUAUUCCUCGACAAGCCACUCCUCAAGGUCAGUCGCCCGGUAGCUGCCUGCUCGCGAUGUCGAACAGCCAAGAUCAAGUGCGACGGGAAGCUCCCUGCCUGCUCCGCAUGUGAAAGAGUGGGCAAGUCCGACACCUGCUCCGGCGCAAGUGAUGAGUUCGCUCGCGGUAAAGAGCGAAGCUAUGUUGCCUCCCUGGAGGGGUACUGUGAAAGGCUGGAGAAGAAGAUCGCGGAGCUCCGCCAUCUGAAGACAUCGCUCUCCGUCGACAAUAGGGGAAUCGCACACCAGAACUCUAUCACCUCAAUAACAUCGUCGGAAUCCGCGGUCCAGGGUCCGAACAAAGAAGUCUCGGAUAUUGAUGAUCUGGUCGGAGACUUCGGAUUCCUGUCAGUGAAUGCCACCUCGAGAGACUUCCACGGAAUCACUUCGAGCACCUCUUUCGCGAACCUCCUCCUCUCCCUCUCACUCGCCGAACCGCUACCCAAACAAUCCUUACGACCGUUACCACCACGCCACGAGAUAACCCACCUCCUCCAGCAUUACUUCGACACGAUCUAUGUCCAACUUCCAUUUUUCGCAGAAACCAGCUUUUGGACCGCGGUCGAUGCGGUGUAUCAGUCCGGCGGUCGGUUCGCCAAGCCGUUCGACCAUUGGAUAGUAUAUACGGUGUUGGCCACGUCCUCCGCGUCGUUAUCCUACGAGACAGGCGAUGAGAGCCACCAGGAUGCUGUGUCAUACGUCGCCCAGGCCCUGCAGAGGGCGGAAGAUGUGCUUCGGCCGGGAUCCAUCUUUGGUAUCCAGGCGAUCAUGCUUCUCGCUCAAUAUUCGCUAUUCGAUCCACAACACUUCCGCAGUUGGUUCCUGGUCGGUAUGGCUGUCAGAGUCAUGGUCGAUCUAGGUCUGCACCAGGACCCUCCAGUAGAGGUGCAAUCCUCGACCAAACAACUCGACCUGCGUCGCCGCAUAUUACAUUGUCUCUACUCGUUAGACAGAGGCGCAAGCACCGUCUUCGAACAGCCAUUCUCCUUCUCCGACCAAUCAGUCAACGUCGCCCUCCCUUCCACGAGCGCAGGCACCACGCUCAGCGAGCAAAGCCACCUCUUCCUGCGCAGCUCCGAGCCCGCGUGGCACCUGGUUAAGAUCCGCCAGAUCCUCUCGGAAGCAUACUCAAGAAAGUACUUCCACGGCCACGAGACAUGCUCGCUGACCGCGAAAUCCACGUGGGCGCUCGGCGCAGAAGCCUAUGAGUGGUUCGAGAGCAGGCCGACCACGGCGCCGAGCCACUUCGCGGUCCUGUACAAGCUGGAACUCCUGUACACGGUAGUGAUGAUCCUCGCGCCGACCGACGAACCCCCGGCCGCCGCCGUCGGAGACUACCGCAACGUGGUCCUCUUCGAGCGCAGCAUGCAGUAUCUGAGCCAGAUACAGGAGGCGCUGCGCAACCCGGCGUGGACCUCGUUCAUCACGUUCUGGGACAUGCACCGCGCGGUGCAGGCGACCCGCCGCUUCACGCGCGAACUGACCGAGAACCACGACCUGCCGCUCAGCCCCUCGGCGCCGGUGCUGCCGCCUAUCCCGCCUGAGACGCCGGCUGCCCUCGUUCUCGACAGCGAGGACUGCCUCAACUUUUACGCUCGCGCCACCGCCUGCCUGUCCGACAUCCACUGCAUCCUGCGUUUCGGCCUGCGCAAGUGGGGCCCCGACCCCGUUUUCGAGGAGUUGCAGCGCCUGUCUGAGUCCAUCCAGCGCCGGCUGAUCUCCUCACCCCCCGCAUAUCUGACGGGCGCGGGCGCGGGCGCGGGCGCGUACAUGCCCGGCUACUCCUCAAUUGUCCCGGCGGGAUCCGGGUAUGCGGGGUAUGAUCUGGGGUAGAGGUAGAAUUUGGUGUGGAGGCUGUCUGCCAUGAUGUAUG